AUGCAGGUUCAGGUUUGGGCUAUUUGCAGGCAGUCUGUGUUUUGCUUAGCUGUUUCUUGGGCUGUUGAAAGUUUUAUCGAGGGAAAUGAAGGUGAUGAACUGAGUUCAGAGAAAUUGCAGAAGUUGGGUUGGAGUUACAAGGCAGUUGAAGAAACUCUGGUGCAUUCCGUUGAAAGCUACAAACAAGCUGGAAUUCUGGAGUAG